UUCAUCGUGUUGAUGAGAAGAAGAAGAAUGGCUGCCAUGAAAGCAGUUCAUGAACAAAAUAAUAUGGGCCUGCAAAUCAGCAGCAAAGACAAAGAUCAAACCCACCUGCACAGAUCAUCUUCACUAGUUCUCGUUGAGAAAAUCGAUGGCCUUAUUAGGGUAUACAAAGACGGCCACGUGGACCGACCCCAGAUCGUGCCAUGUGUCGGUUGCUCGUUGGCUCCUGACCUCGGGGUCACGUGCGGGGACACCAUCAUUGACAAGUACACCAACGUAUGGGCACGUGUCUAUGUCCCAAGGAAGAAGAAGCAGCAGCAGCAGCAGCUUCCUUUGCUGGUCUAUUUCCAUGGCGGUGGGUUUUGUGUCGGCUCCGCUUCUUGGAUCUGCUACCACGAAUUCCUCGCGAAAUUAGCCGCCUCGGUCAACUGUGUGGUCGUGUCGGUCAAUUAUAGGUUGGCGCCGGAAAACCCACUUCCGGCGGCGUACGACGACGGCGUUGUGGCCCUGGGUUGGUUAAGGAAGCAACAAUUCGCCGGCGGCGGCGAGUGGUGGACUGAGAGGUGUGAUUUUUCGAGUGUUUGUUUGGCCGGUGACAGUGCCGGCGCAAAUAUUGCCUACAAUGUGGCGGUGAGAGUAGCAACGCCGCCGUUGCCGUUGAAGGGGCUUGUUUUGAUACAGCCGUUUUUCGGAGGGGAGGCGAGGACUGAUUCGGAGAAGUACAUGGUGCAGCCGCCGCGCUCCGCCCUGACGCUGGCGGCGUCCGAUACAUACUGGCGGCUGUCGCUGCCUGCCGGAGCUGACCGGGACCACCCGUGGUGCAAUCCGGCGGCGGCGGGGGAGCUGCCGGCGGCGCGUGUGGGUGUUUUGGUGUGUGUGUCGGAGAUGGAUAUAUUGAGAGAUAGGAAUAUGGAGUUUUGUGAGAGGUUGAGAAAUAAUAUGAAGGGCUGUGGCGGUGGUGGCGGCGGCGGCGGUGGUCGGAAAGUAGAGCAAGUGGUGAGUAAAGGUGUUGGGCAUGCAUUUCAAAUUCUAGACAAGUCUCCUCUCUCCCAAACUCGAGUUCUUGAAUUGAUUUCUCAUAUCAACAAUUUCAUUAUUAGUACAUGUAUGUAGCACUUAACUAACUAGUGCAGUUAGUUUCUUGCAAGUUUUAUUUGUGUUUUAAUAUUUUUGCAAGUAAAUAUAUAUCUAUAAUCGAAAAUAUUUAUUAUAAGUUUUAUUUUUAUUAAAUUCAUUAACAAGAUUGGUACCAAAUUUUGAUUAAUGUCAAAUUUAGGGUUAUUAGUACCUUAAUUA